UGUUUUAUUUCUCCAGAUUUUUCUUCCACUGCCUCCAAAAUGGACAUGGGUGGUGGAGGCCGCAUCCCAUAUGAUGACUAUCCCGUUGUGUUCUUGCCGCCCUAUGAGAGCCCUCCUGCCUGGAUCCCUCCCCAUGAGAGAAUUUACCAUUCUGAUUACAACAAUGAGCUCACCCAGUUCCUGCCUCGGACGAUUGUGCUGAAAAAGCCUCCUGGGGCUCAGCUGGGAUUUAACAUCCGAGGAGGGAAGGCAUCCCAGUUGGGGAUCUUCAUUUCUAAGGUAAUCCCAGACUCAGAUGCUCAUCGAGCGGGGCUGCAAGAGGGAGACCAGGUUCUAGCAGUCAAUGAUGUGGAUUUCCAGGAUAUCGAACAUGGCAAGGCUGUGGAGAUUUUGAAAACUGCUCGGGAGAUCAUUAUGAGAGUCCGUUUCUUCCCAUACAAUUACCAGCGGCAGAAGGAGAGAACCGUCCACUAGAAAUCCCUUCUGGUUUACAUCCACCUUUUUGCAGAGAGCUUACCAACUGUGGUUUUCAAUGCAGAGAAGGACGCUUUGAAAAAUCACAUUAUUUCCUCUGUUUUGUGUUGUCAAUUUCGAGGCACAAAGGGACUGAACUUGGGACUUUCCCUGAUCAGGAAAUGGAUAUAGACCCACUGACAAGUUCGAUAUCCAAUGCUUCUCCAGACCCAAGAAAAUCUAUAUAAUCCAACAUAUUUCUUCUUCCUCUGCUGUGGUUUGGUUUUACUUUUUCAGUGUUGGGGUCCAAAGAAGAAAACCGAAGCUUCCUGUUGGCAUUGCAGUGGAAUGGUUUUUACUUUUAAAGGGUACGAUCUCCUGCAAAGCCUUAUGUUAGGCCACAUUGAAAUGUAUGAGAUUUGCUUCUGUUUGUUGCUUCUAAUGUUCAUGGGCUGGUGAGGAAACAAUCUUCCACGCAUCAUGUGCUUUCUGCUUCAUUUUGUAAAGCCUUAAAUACUUAGGCUUCUGCUUGGUUAUAUAUU